UUUUAUGUUACGUGUUAACGUAAAUGGUGUUUGUUUUAAAUUAAAUCUUAAAAAUCUUGUAAUAUUAAAGCAUUGUAUUUCUCAUCUUAUCAUAAUUUCCAAAUUGUUAUUAUUUAAAAUUCUUCAAACAGCAUAACAGGAGUGAUUUAUAAUAUAAAGAUGUCUGAAGAAGAUGUAGCAAAAUGGGCAAAAGAUGGGCAAAAUAAAGAGCUUUUUAUGUCUCCUAGUUGUUCAAGCUUUGAAAUGUUAGAUCCUCAUGAUCCCGUAAUAAGCCGCUUAGCAACACAACUGUUCAAAAAGACUAAUGAUUAUUUACAAGGAGAAAUGGCUGCUGGACAGGAUCAUUACAACCUAUUAGAAGAGAUCAACAGAUUGGCUAUCACUAAAUAUGCAGAUCUUAAGAAUUUGACAAUCAAUUUAAGCAAGACUUUGAAUGAAUAUAAUGAAAUGUAUAAUUCCCAGAUAAAGCCAUUGCUUCUUCAAAUAGACCAGAUUGAUGCACAAGUAUCACAAUUUGAAGCAAAUGCAUAUCGUUUGGACAGCUAUACAAAGCAACUGAAGGCUCGAUUUAAGGAACUUGAAGAAAAAUAAACUUUGAAUUAAUUAUUCUACUAAAUUUAUAAAUAAUUAAUUGAUUUUUGCUUUAAAUUUAAUUAUGAGAAAAAUAACUACAUUAUUGUAUAGCUAAUAUCUUUAUUAAAUAUGUAUGUAUUGGAAAUAAGCGAAAUAGUAUAGUGUCAAUUAUCAUUUUUGUGUUUUAAAUUUAAUUCAAAAGUUAAAUAGACCAAAACUAUGUAAGUCCAAUAAAAAUAUACUUUUUCACACCAAA